AGGUCAGGGACCACAGGGAGGCGGAGGCGCCGCGGUCCAACUGCUGAAGUCUCCAUGUGACAGUGAGCGGAGUCCCUGCUCUAGGCGCCGCUCGACUCCGGUCCCGGCCGCAAGCACUACCCACUGUUCCAGCGCCAACGCUGGGAAGACUUGGCGUUCGGUCGUGCGACUGCCGGACUUGGGGCGCAGAGUGAAUUGCCCCUGCCCGGCCGGGUGCCUGAGGCACCGAGCGAAGAGAGGAGGAGAGCGGGGAUUCCUGUCGACCCCGGUGCCCAGGAGGACCGAGACAUGAACGGCUUCACGCCUGAGGAGAUGAGCCGCGGUGGGGACGCUGCCGCCGCAGUGGCCGCGGGGGCCCGGUCCGGGACAACUGUGUUGUCUGCGGGAGGACGGUGAGCGGUGUGGCCGGGCGGCAGGCAACGCCAGCUUCAGCAAGAGGAUCCAGAAGAGCAUUUCUCAGAAGAAGGUGAAGAUCGAGCUGGAUAAGAGCGCAAGGCAUCUUUAUAUUUGCGAUUAUCAUAAAAACUUAAUUCAGAGUGUUCGAAACAGAAGAAAGAGAAAAGGGAGUGAUGAUGACGGAGGUGAUUCACCUGUCCAAGAUAUUGAUACUCCAGAGGUUGAUUUAUAUCAAUUACAAGUAAAUACACUUAGGAGAUACAAAAGACACUUCAAGCUACCAACCAGACCAGGACUUAAUAAAGCACAGCUUGUUGAGAUAGUUGGUUGCCACUUUAGGUCUAUUCCAGUGAAUGAAAAAGACACCUUAACAUAUUUCAUCUACUCAGUGAAGAAUGACAAGAACAAAUCAGAUCUCAAGGUUGAUAGUGGUGUUCACUAGGAGAAAUGGAAUUGAGACUAAGACUUGGAUGCUCAGAUGUUAAGACUGUUUACUGUUUUUUCACAUGUAGAAAUGUUCCUUGUGUAUUUUUUCUACAGAGGUUUUCUCUGGUUUUAUUUUCAUUGUUUCUGACUCUAAUAAUUAGUUGGAAACUCAUGUGAAGUGAGCUUUCUUAGAUUAAUAAAUAUUUUAAAUAAAGGUUA